GAGGACCGCCAGUACGCCGUCGACGCGACGAUCGUCCGCGUCAUGAAGGCGCGCAAGACGCUGAGCCACGCCGCGCUCCUCGGCGACGUCUUCGCCCAGCUCAAGCGGCCCGCGUCGACGGCGGACGUCAAGGCGCGCGUCGAGAGCCUCAUCGAGCGGGAGUACCUCGAGCGCGACCCGCGCGACGCGGGCGUCUAUAACUACCUGGCC